AUGACCGUCGGUGCCGGAAUCAGCGUCAGCAACUCCGACUUGGUGGUGUUAGGUCACCGUGUUCUUCGCGGCGUCCCGGAGAAUGUGUUGGUAACUCCAGCUUCAGGAAACGCUUUCAUCGACGGCGCGUUCAUCGGCGUCGCGUCGGAUCAAACCGGAAGCCACCGUGUCUUCCCUUUCGGGAAACUCGAAGACUUGCGGUUUAUGUGUGUGUUCCGAUUCAAGUUAUGGUGGAUGACGCAAAGAAUGGGAACAAACGGGAAAGAGAUUCCUUGCGAGACCCAAUUUCUAAUCGUAGAAGCAAACAAAGGGUCUGAUUUAGGAGCUGAUCACUCUGCUUCGUACGUUGUAUUCUUGCCUAUACUAGAAGGAGAUUUUAGAGCUGUUCUUCAAGGGAACGAGUCAAAUGAGCUUGAGAUUUGUCUCGAAAGCGGGGAUCCAAACGUUGACCAAUUCGAAGGGAAUCAUUUGGUUUUCGUGGCUGCUGGAUCCGACCCUUUUGAUGUCAUCACGAAAGCUGUCAAGGCUGUUGAACAACAUCUCCAGACAUUUUCACACCGCGAGAAAAAGAAAAUGCCAGAUAUGUUGAACUGGUUCGGUUGGUGCACAUGGGAUGCAUUCUACACCAAUGUCACUGCCAGUGACGUCAAGCAAGGUCUUGAGAGCCUUGAAGCCGGUGGGAUUAGCCCAAAGUUCGUUAUAAUUGAUGACGGAUGGCAAUCUGUUGCCAUGGAUGAGACCAGUGUUGAAUUCAACGCUGAUAAUGCUGCCAAUUUCGCAAACAGAUUAACACACAUAAAGGAGAAUCACAAGUUUCAAAAAGAUGGCAAAGAAGGCCACAGAGUAGACGACCCUGCAUUGAGUCUUGGACACGUUAUCAAAGACAUCAAGAGUAACAAUUCCCUCAAGUAUGUUUACGUUUGGCACGCGAUAACCGGGUAUUGGGGAGGAGUUAAACCGGGUGUUUCCGGUAUGGAGCAUUACGAAUCAAAGGUUUCCUAUCCAGUUUCUUCCCCAGGAGUUAUGUCCAACGAGAAAUGUGGCUGUCUUGAAAGCAUAACCAAGAACGGACUCGGUUUGGUGAAUCCUGAGAAAGUCUUUAGCUUCUAUAACGACCUUCACUCGUACCUUGCAUCCGUUGGGAUCGAUGGUGUCAAAGUCGACGUACAGAACAUUCUUGAAACUCUUGGAGCUGGACAUGGCGGUCGUGUGAAACUUGCAAAGAAGUAUCACCAUGCUUUGGAAGCUUCCAUUUCAAGAAACUUCCCUGACAAUGGUAUUAUCUCUUGCAUGAGUCAUAACACAGAUGGUCUCUACAGCGCAAAGAAGACGGCUGUUAUAAGGGCAUCAGAUGACUUUUGGCCUAGAGAUCCUGCAUCGCACACGAUCCACAUUGCAUCUGUUGCGUAUAACACACUCUUCCUUGGCGAGUUUAUGCAGCCGGAUUGGGACAUGUUCCAUAGUUUGCAUCCGAUGGCUGAGUACCAUGCAGCAGCUAGAGCGGUUGGUGGAUGUGCCAUUUAUGUCAGCGACAAACCGGGACAACAUGACUUCAACCUCCUAAGGAAACUUGUACUUCGAGACGGUUCCAUACUUAGGGCAAAGCUUCCGGGAAGACCAACCAGUGAUUGCUUCUUCAGCGAUCCAGUCAGAGACAAUAAAAGUCUUAUGAAAAUAUGGAACCUGAACGAAUACACCGGAGUUAUUGGAGUCUUCAACUGUCAAGGCGCUGGGUGGUGUAAGAACGAGAAGAGAUACCUAAUCCAUGACCAACAACCUGGUACAAUCUCUGG